AUGGCGAACCCGGAGCCAGGAAACCAAACGUCCAUCACGGAAUUCACCCUCCUGGCAUUCGGGAAUCUCCCCGAACUGCAAACCCAUCUCUUCCUGCUGUUCCUAGUGAUCUACCUGGCGACCAUGGCUGGGAACAUCCUCAUCGCUGUGUUAGUGGUGGCAGAUCGGCACCUGCACACCCCCAUGUACUUCUUCCUGGGGAACCUGUCCUGCCUGGAGACUUGCUACAGCUCCGCCAUCUUGCCCCGGCUGCUGGCCGGGCUACUGACAGGGGACAGGACCAUCUCUGUCCGGGGCUGUAUUGCGCAGUUUUACUUCUUUGCUUCCCUGCUGGGCUCAGAGUGUUGCCUCUUAGCCGUGAUGUCCUACGACCGGUACUUAGCCAUCUGCAAACCGCUGCACUACGCCGCCCGCAUGAGCGGCCGCAUCUGCCUCUGCCUCGUGGCAGGGUCUUGGCUCAACGGCUUCGCCGCCAUCGUGCUCAUCGUCUCCUUAAUGUCGCACUUCGCAUUCUGCAGCCCCGGCGAAAUCGACCAUUUCUUCUGCGACUUCAGCUCCGUGAUGGAACGCUCCUGCGGGGACAGCCGCGCGGUGGAACUUGUGACCUUCACCCUGCUGUCCUUGUUCACCCUGCCCCCCUUCGCGUUAACCCUGGGGUCCUACGCGUGUAUCAUCGCCGCCGUCCUGAGGAUCCCAUCCGUCAGUGGGCGGCAGAAGGCCUUUUCCACCUGCUCCUCCCACCUGGCCGUGGCGACCCUGUUCUACGGGACCCUCGUCGCUGUGAUCCUGCUCCCAAGGACCGGCACCCUGCGCACCCUGCGCAAAGUGUUCUCCGUCUCCUACACCGUCCUCACCCCCCUGGCCAACCCGCUCAUCUACAGCCUGCGCAACAGGGAGGUGAAGAGGGCGCUGAGAAGAGCCAUCCGGAGACUGCUGGUUUGA